AUGUCCCUGACCGGCUCUCCUCGUUUGUCGAGCCCGAGGUUGUUUCACCACGUCCCUGCUCGUCUUACGUCAACUCCACCACCUCAAAACGAUCCAGCAUCACAGUUACCUCCAGACGCUACCCUCUCUCAAAGGCUAAAACACCUCAUCAAAUCUUAUGGAUGGUAUGCCCUUGGAGUGUAUAUCGUCCUCUCUACACUGGACUUCACCGUCGCGUUUGCUGGAAUUAACUUGUUGGGUGCCGAGCAGGUCGCAUCUGCCGCUGCCUACAUUAAAGAGAUCGCCAUCGGGUUCAUCCAUACCAAACCACCAGAGCCUGGGCGGGACGAAAUGGAUGGCAUUUCCGCGGGAGAUGCGAGCCGCGAGGGCUUGUAUGCCACCUUGGUAUUGGCUUAUACCAUCCACAAAACGCUAUUUUUGCCUGUCAGAGUUGGUUUGACAGCCGUUUUAACUCCCAGAUUGGUGGGGUGGUUGCGUACAAGAGGGUGGGCAGGUAGUGAGGGCGCGAGGAAAGCAGCUCGCGACAUGAGGGACAGGAUCCAAAGAAAGGAUUAA